AGUCUAGACCAGCGAUUGGCUGAUUCGCAAGUGCGUUUAACAAUCUCUUGCUCACGCAGUCAGCCCUUCGCAUUCAGCCCCUCUAUUCACAUUUAAAUGAGGCGUUAUAAAUACCUACUACUGGCACUAUCGUUGCGCUUGAGGCUGCAUAACAAAUCUAGUACCAGUGUGCGCAAAAGUACAGCUCGGCUUUGUUUGCAGCAGGGACCGGCGGCCAUCUGUCCCAUUCACGGAGUGUAACGGUCGUGUGGAUUUACCAAACCUCGGGCAGUGUCUGGGUUAAACUUCUACAACAUGGCCCCCACUCACAAUAACAAAAAAGGACUGAGUAGAGACGAAGAUGAAUACUACGGCAUUAAAGUGGACAGAAAGACCAGAAAGCCGUUGGUUGAGAAAAAGAGACGGGCUCGCAUCAAUGAAAGUUUGCAGGAACUCAGAGUUCUUCUCGCAGACACAGAUUUACAAUCAAAGAUGGAGAAUGCAGAAGUGCUGGAAAUGACUGUAAAACGAGUGGAGAGUAUCCUUCAAAAUCAAGCACAUGAGGUAGACACAGUGAGCCAUGAGGCAAGUGAAAGGUUUGCUGCUGGCUACAUCCAAUGCAUGCAUGAGGUGCACACCUUUGUGUCCAACUGCCCGGGAAUCGACGCAACUCUCGCGGCGGAGCUCUUGAACCACCUCCUGGAAUGUAUGCCCCUGAACGAUGAGGACAGACUCCAGGUGAUGCUCCAGGAUAUCAUGACGGACUGCUCCACUAACAGCAGCAGCACUUGGCCCAGUUCUGAGGGCAUUUACGCAGCACUGGUCUCCGCUGGAGGAAGGAGCAUCUCCAGCGGAAGCUCCUCAGCCCUCUCCCCGGCGCCCUCCACCUCCUCCAGUGAUGACCUGUGCUCGGAUCUGGACGAGACUGACUCUGAGCAGAGCCACAUCUCUGUGGACGCUGAGAACCAGGAUGUUCUGAACAUGCCCACAGUGGCCUAUUCCAAGUCCAUGUGGAGACCUUGGUAGAGCCAAAUUACUGGAAGCCCACAACUGUCCAUUACUAGAGGAAUAGCCUACAAAAGUUAUUGUAUAUUGGGUUUUGUUCAGUAUAUUUGAAGAUUAAAUUCCUUGUAAUGUUGUUAGACUGUUGGAUGACAGAUAUAGGAAUAGCAUGAGAAGUGGGACACUAUCACUACAAUGACUAUACUUGGUAAUGCAAAGUCCGGUUGCAAAUAGGCUAGAGGUGGCAUCAUUUUAAAAAGCUUUUUUUUUGUAUCAGAACCAUUCUAUUAAUGCAUUUGAAUAAAUAAUAAUACAUAUCAAAUACUAUUUAAUGAAUGAACUGUAAUGUUUAAAUCAACUUUGAAUAAGUCCACAUUGUUAUAGAUCUGAGAUGUCUUUUAGCCAGAUAUAGGUUGUUUAUUUACCUUCAGUGA